UUCAUAGCCCGUGUUCUUUCGUAUACAGAGACACUCGCGUGAGGCCGUUGUACCACCUGCAACUUGCUUGUUUGAAGUGUUGUGAAACAAUCACUCGGCGUGUAAAAACGAAAGUGGCACAGUACCGCCACACCGGUCACUUGGUAUCCUGACUCGGUAUGGCCUCGCGACCACCUCGUACCUAGUUCGUCGAGGUAAGGGCGAUCAUGGCCGUGGAUCAAUGGAUACCGUUAGCCGUAUGCUCAAGUCGUGCACUUUGAAGCCUUAUGACCUCAAUCGCUCGAAGCUCCCUGAAUACUCGAACUCUGUGGUCAGACUGUCAUCAAUUUCUGUUCGCGACUUAUCUCAAAGCUCGAUAUGGCUAAGAAUCUCAUUCUCUACAAUGCUGAAGGAGGGCCCAAUCCGUUCAAGGUGAUGAUUAUUCUCGAAGAAUUGGGAGUACCGUACGAAGAGUCAUUCGUACCCUAUAGUGAAUUGAAGAAAGAGAAGUACGAGAGCAUCAACCCUAAUGGUCGUGUGCCAUCUUUGGUCGAUCCCAACACGGGCCUGACUAUCUGGGAAUCUGGUGCGAUCUGUGAGUAUCUUCUGGAAACCUACGACAAGGAUUUCAAAAUCUCCCAUCCAGAGAGCCCGGAGAAGUGGGCCGAGAAACAAUGGCUAUUCUACCAGGUCUCAGGCCAAGGUCCUUAUUGGGGACAAGCUGCAUGGUUCAACAUAUACCAUCCGGAGAAGAUUCGCUCAGUACAGGACCGUUACAUGAACGAAACGAAACGUAUCAUUGCUGUGAUCGACAAGCAUCUCGCAUCCAGACCAGAAGGUUCGACUUCGCAUCCUGUUCUCGUUGGGGACAAAGUGACCUAUGCGGACCUUUUCUUUGUCAUGUGGCACAAUUCGCUCCCUUACAUAUUCAUGGGCUUCCCAGAUGAGUUCAACGAAGAUGACUACCCUGCACAUAAGAAGUGGCUCGCGGGCUUGAAAGAGCGAGAUUCAGUAAAGAAGGCAUGCAAGGCUCAGAUGGAGGCUAUCACUGCUGCCCAAGCGAAGGCUAAAGCAAAGACUGACGCUGAGUGAAGCGGUACGCUUAUGUCCUUCUAUUAUGGGUGUCCUUGGAAGCUAAGAAUAUAUUGGCAAUUGCACUUGUUGGUCAUGAAAUGCAGUUGCGAAGCUAGAAAGACAUUCUUGACUCUCAAAGGGGGACUUUAAGCUUGCGUUAUAUAGUUUACCGGACCUCUGGUAUCACUCAUAGCUUCUACGUACCGAAAUUCAUACUUGACAAUGGUCAUAAGAUAUCCAUGACGAG